AAACAAAGAACUAGCCAGCUAGCUGGCUAUUAGCUAACCCCAUCAGAUCGUUCUCAUGUCCAUAACAGCUGGCAUUCAUAAAGGUGCUAUCAUUUUUCCUGAUAAAAAGUUUAACUGAAAUCUAACCCCAAUUUAUAAUUCCUGAAAUAUUCUUAAGAAAGAAAACACAUGAUUACCAUCGGUAGAACAAUGAUAUCUUAAGAAUUUUUUACUUAACUUUUCUCUUUUCAUGGCAGGCGCAUUUUGCUGCUUUCUCCAUUUUGUCUCCGCAAAAACAAAUGUCUAGUACAGAAGACAUAAGUGAAUGGACUAGGUCUCAGAACGAGAAUGUAGUUGAACAGCACCACAAACUGCAUUUUGCAGAAAGAUCAGAGUUAAAUCAAUAUCCCAGCUAGACUGCUUUACUUAUGAAACCUGUAAAUCAAUACUUUAAAAUACUCUAAAAUUAGCAGUUAUCAGUAAAAUAUAUAUAUAAAUUAUUCUGUUAAAAAGAGUUACAAAUUUAUGCUAGAAUGGGUAAAAAAAUUGCAUCUCUUGUUGGACAGGUGCAACAAACUAGGCAUAAAAGACAUCUGAUGCUGCACAUUUCAGGUUUUGGCCAUAAAAACAAACUGGUGAGUGAUCAGGUUAAGUUUGUGUUUCAGCUUCUAACUUGCUCUCUUGUCUACAGGAUCUAAACCUUCUUUCAGGAUGAAGAACUUCACUCCUUCCCUCCUGACGACUCCCACCGAGGACCCCAACCCCGAGGACGACAGCGUUGUCAGCAACGACUUCUCCACCACGCUGGGCGCCCUCAUCCUCGGCCUGGUCUUCCUUUUGGGCGUCCCUGGCAACCUCUUCAUCGUCUGGAGCAUCCUGGCGCGCAUCCGGCGACGCUCGGUCACCACCCUCCUCAUCCUCAACCUGGCGUGCGCCGACGGCUUCCUCAUGGCCCUCACCAUCUUCUUCGUCAUCUACCUGGCCAAGCAGACGUGGAUCUUCGGAAACCCCAUGUGCAAGACCCUGUUCUACCUGUGCAAUGCCAACAUGUACGCCUCCAUUUUCCUGAUAACCCUGAUGAGUGUGCACCGGCUGGUGUCCGUGGUGUUUCCGCGGAGACUGAGCUACCUGAUCAAGAGAAAGGUGGUGAGGAGGGUCAUCGUGGGCAUGUGGGUACUGGUGAUGGUCAUUGCUGUCCCUUCCCUGGUGUUUCGAGAUGUGAGAGAAGACAGCGACGAGAGGAACAGAACCAGACUCGUGUGUGCUCCCAACCACACCCUGCCUCGACAUGUGAGGUUCCAGUACGCCUUUGAGACAGUAGCAGGAUUCAUCCUUCCCUACGCCAUCAUCAUAACCAGCUACAUCCUCAUCCUGAGACGCCUCAGAGAGACUAAGUUCCGGCGAAAGAUCCGCAGCGAGAAGCUCAUCCUGGCCAUCGUGGUGAUGUUUGGACUGUUCUGGCUGCCCUAUCACGUCAUCAACAUGAUUCAGGUGGCAGCUAUGUGGUACAAAGAGGAGUCACCAACAAGAGAGAUAUUGGACCACAUCUCUAAGUCCAGCCGUGCCGUCACCUCAGCUCUGGCCUUCAUCAGUAGCUGCGCCAACCCCGUCCUCUACACCUUUGCUGGGAAGUCGUACAUCAAGCAGAACGGCUUCGCUUUCAUGGCGAAGCUGUUCGAGGGGACAGCGUCCGAGGGGAUGGGCAACAAGAAGAGCCGAGUGUUGGGUAAAGACACCGUGGGUCACAGUAACACUGACUCUCCGAGCAGCACGAUGGCUACUACUGCACUAAACGGAAACAGUUAACCUUGAGCUCAAAAGAAACCGAACAUUUGUAGAGCUACAUGUGGACUGUGUAGAUAUCGUUGUGAGGCUGCAGAUGAACCAAAUUGGUGGAUUAUGAGUUUUAUUGGAUAGUGAUACCUGCACCAAUACACCAAAACUGUAAAUAGUCUUUUUUCAUUGCUAUAGUUACAGAAAACAGCAAAAUCAGUAAUACUGUAUUCACUUACUACUGCAUACAGCGCUCCAUCUACUUGGGGAGCAACUGCACUGUGGGAAAAACAUUCUUUGUAAAUAAUACAUAUAAUAAAUUGUUUUUAAUACAGUAGAUGUAUGUUCUCAGCAGAUCUGAUAUUUCUGAAGGUUUAUGAACAUGCAGUGUUGAUAAGCAACUAUAAUUUGUCCUAUGAAGAUCUACUGUAUUACAACUGCUCUGGUUGUCAAUUUUCUUUACUUAUUUGGAAAGUAAUUGAUGGGAAAUAUGUAAACAAUGAUAUAUCUUUUUACAAAUACAUUACUGAAAUCCACUCUUGAAAA